GCUAUGGUUCGUGUGGUGAGCGUAAACCUUGACUUCCUGAAACUGAUUUUUUUGGGGAGACGAUGGGAUUUUGCACGAAAUAGUUAUCUAUAUUCAACGUGCAUAAAGUGCCGAAGCCAUACGUGCCGGCUUUGAGACACAGAUCGAAGCUGAGCCAUGAGCGCUGACGAGCGAAAUCCGGCCGCCACACCCACCCCCUGUGAGGAUACCCAAGGAGACGGACGAUGGAUGUCGAUGCACCACCGCUUCCUGUCCGACAGCAAAGACAAAGAACCCGACGUCCUCUUUGUUGGCGACUUUCUGGUGCAGCUCAUGCAUCAGUUUGGAGUGUGGCGGCAACUCUUCUCCCCACUCCACGCCCUCAAUUUCGGGGUGGGCUGUGAUGCCACCCAGCACGUGCUCUGGAGACUGACCAACGGUGAACUGGACCACAUCAGCCCAAAGAUCGUCGUGCUGUGGGUGGGGACUCAAAAUCGCGGACAUACCGCAGAGCAGAUCUGCGGCGGCAUCAUGGAAAUCGUCCAAGUGGUCAAGAACAAGCUGCCGCACGCUCACACGCUCGUACUCGGACUCCUACCGAGAGGUAAAUCCCCGAACCCUCUGCGGGAGCGAAACGCCAAGGUGAACCAGUUGGUGCGGGAAGCCGUCGCCUACCUGCCUCACGCCUCCUUCUUGAACGUGGACCCGGGCUUUGUGCACUCCAACGGCAGCAUCUCCCACCAGGACAUGUACGACUACCUUCACCUCAGCCCGCAGGCCUACCAGGCGGUGUGCGAGCCUCUGCAUGCUCACCUCAAGUCCAUGCUAGACAAAUCUGCUGAGAACUGAGGAAGACGCGUGUGCGUGCACACACACAUACACACAUAUAUACACACAUUGACGAAUCGCACCGGUCCUUCACACUCUGCUAGCUUAGCAAGAAUGAUGUAAAGAAUCGAUGACGACGCGCCCGUGGGCGUUGUGGUUUUCAAUCACUGUUACAGGUAACGGGACCAAAACGCUUAGUGAAACAAUAUGUGAAACGCUAGAGAGAAAGAGUAAUGUCCCGCUUCAGUCCCCAUAAAGCUCCCCCGCCUGUUUUCGUCCUGUGUUUACCUUCUGUAUAUGACGUCAUCAUUGUCCUCAAAGCACUUUUUGCUGCAGCUUAUUAUAUUUCAAAGCAACAGAUGAGAGGCUGUUACGUGUCUUGUGUCGGGAGGCCCCGCUUGAAUUUGGCCCUUAGGAAUAUUUCACUGCUUCCAUUUCUGAGCAACGUAAGCUGAGAAAAUGAAUUAAAAGAGAGACAGCAGCA